GCUAGAUUUUUAGGUUUACAUUUUUCUUACAGCUAGAAACGGCAACACUGAAAACAACAGGUCUCUCUCGGGCAACAAUAAGAGGAAUUUUCUUUCUUUUGAAAAAUGUAUUUAACUCUUCUAAAUGGCACCGGUUAUGUAUUCAACGUGGAUGAUUACAUGGAGCUGCGAACAAAACAUCGGAUAAUGGGUGCUCCUGUGGGCACAGCGAACACCAAGGGCUGGAGUCCCAAUCAGUCCAAUUUACCUGUAGAGCUGACGAAAUUCGAAACCCAGUUGGUGUUGGAGGAGCACAUAGCCAAACUGGUGGAUAAGUCAGAGGCGUUAAAGUCUGUCCCCUCAGCAGAUGAACUACUGGAGUGGAAGGCGCAGUUUGAAUCCCGUAUUUCAGGGCAGUCGGAAACUCUAAAGGCGGAAAAACUACGGGAAACAGAACGGUAUAUGGAUAAAAUCCUGGCGGGGAAGCGCAAGAAGUUGGUCAAGCAGGGGCAACUGGAUAAAGCUGCUGCCCUAAGAGGUGAAGACAUCCUUGAGGAAAUCUCCCAAAACUUCAAGUUUGAUCCUCAAAACGCUCUGGUGGAAGUGCCGUGUGAACAUCUCGGCAAGCAUUUUGCCAAAAUUGUUAGCCAUCCCCUCCUGGACACAAGCUCUUUGAAAUAUCGCAUUUUUAAGGAUCUGUGGAAGCGAGGAAAGUUCGUGACUUCCGGGGAUGCCUUUGGAGCAGAUUUUCUCGUCUACCCCGGGGAUCCUCUCAUCUAUCACGCCUCGCACAUUGUCAUUGUCCAGGAGACACCGCUAAUCAAGCCACUAGACCUGGUGGCCAAGGUCCGUCUGUCAGUGAUUGUGAACAAGAGCUGUGUCUUUGCCUUUGGCGCCGAGGAUGGCGAGGAAAUCUAUUACCAGUCUGUGACUUGGUGCAAUCCCAGCAAGUGAGAUGGUACUAGUUUCGUGGGAAGCGGCGAGGAGCAAGAAGCAGCAUUAGCAGAGCAAGAGAAGGAGGAGGACCAGGAGAGGAG